GGCAUUGGAGGGGGAGACGGCAGUCAUGUGGUUCUGGCCAUCCUACCCUCUGUCACAGUGUGGAUGAGAGCUUUUUGCUCUUACCCAAUCAUGCCUGGAAUGCCGCUCGCCACUUGGGUUAUUUCUGCUAUCUGUCGCUCUCGGUGCCGCAGUGCUAACGGUUUGGCAGAUGGGACUCUUUUUCUUGGAGUUUGUGUCUUCAGUUUUUGACUUCUGGCAGCGCCGGGCGUGUUGCUGCUGCUCGCCCUCUCCCUCCCUGCCCUGCCGGGCACCAUGGCCCAUCGGCUUCGGUUUCAUUUUGGCUCUGGUCGCAGCAACACAGCCCCCGAAUCAGAGAUCCUCGACCAGGAGAGAGAAGACGACUUUUUCAUGGCAUUCCACACGCUGCCACGGAGGAGCGGCCCGCACCCCUUGGCCCACAGUGGAGCGGAGGCCAGCGGCAGCCUGCACGAGGCUGUGGGCGCGCUCGAGCGCAGCACGUCCAUGUUCAUCCCGCAGCUCCUGAGUCCCGUGGACGCGCGGCCCACCCGGAGCUCGUCGGUGCAGAUUUCGCUGCAGCGCAAAGCGGCGGACGGCGCCCCGGACACGUGUGGGCUGUCCGAGGGUCUGGACGGCGACGCGGGCUCGGUAUCUCGGGGCAGCUGCCGGGAGCCCCCAGAGCCCCAGGCCCCUGAGAACUCCCUUCCCAGGGACGCCAGGGGUGCCGGCCCCCAGGUCAAUGGCACGUGUGGCCGUCAAGCGCGGGGCCCUGUCCCUGCCGAUGGCCUCAAAGAGACCGAACUUGCAACCGCCCAGGGUUCCGAGGGUGGCGGGCUCCGGAUCCAGCACCGAGCCUCCAGCGCCGAUGUGCGCCAGGUGAAGCUGACACCGUUCGGGGCCGAUGGCCAGGGCAGCCCAUCGGCGCCGGAACCCAGGCGCUGGUCCCUGCAACACGUUCCAGAUGCUUCUGGAAGUUCUGGGAAGCGGUGCUUUGUCUUCCAAUUGCAGCAGCCAUCACCAGGCGUGCCAGGACUAGGUGGUGACUUUAAUUUUGGGUUCACGGGCACGAAGGGGGAUAGGUUGGUGAGGUACCCCCGCAUCCGACUGGAAAGGAGCACCUCGUACCCCACGCAGCCCCGAGCGGAGCGCAGCAGCCCCACGGAAGAGCGGGGCCACCCAGAGACACCACCUCGGGGCCACAGGGUGGCUCCCGAAAUCCACAGGACAAAUUCCAUGGAAAGGACGCCACAGGGUCAGGGCUGCACGUUUAAGAUCAGGCAAGAUCAAAAUGCGGGACAGCAGCAUUUCAGAAUUCUUGUGACUCGGGGACCAGAGGAAGCUCACCAGAAUCCUGAGGAGAGUACCACCACCAGGCCUGGUUCCAUGGUGGCUGGAGCCCCGACACGAGACGACUUCCUGGGACAGGUCGACGUGCCCCUUAGUCAUCUCCCGACAGAAGACCCAACCAUGGAGCGACCCUACACAUUUAAGGAUUUUCUCCUCAGACCAAGAAGUCAUAAAUCUCGAGUUAAGGGAUUUUUGCGAUUGAAAAUGGCCUAUAUGCCGAAAAACGGCGGUCAAGACGAAGAAAACAGUGAACAGAGGGAUGAUAUGGAGCACGGGUGGGAAGUUGUUGACUCAAAUGACUCAUCUUCUCAGCGCCAGGAGGAGCUGCCUCCCCCACCUCUGCCCCCUGGCUGGGAAGAAAAGGUGGACAACUUAGGUCGGACUUACUAUGUCAACCACAACAACCGGACCACUCAGUGGCACCGACCGAGCUUAAUGGAUGUGUCCUCCGAGUCAGACAGCAACAUCCGACAGAUCAACCAGGAGGCAGCGCACCGCCGCUUCCGCUCCCGCAGACACAUCAGUGAGGACCUGGAGCCCGAGCCCACUGAGGGCGGAGAGGGCCCUGAGCCUUGGGACACCAUUUCAGAAGAAGUGAAUGUUACUGGAGACUCCCUCAGUCUGGCGCUGCCCCCACCGCCAUCCUCCCCAGUGUCCCGGACCAGCCCUCAGGAGCUGUCUGAGGAACUGAGCAGAAGGCUUCAGAUCACUCCCGACUCCAAUGGGGAGCAGUUUGGUUCUUUGAUUCAAAGAGAGCCCUCCUCGAGGCUGAGGUCCUGCAGUGUCACCGACGCGGUCGCAGAGCAGGCUCACCUACCACCGCCCAGUGCCCCAACUAGGAGAGCGCGUUCAUCAACUGUCACAGGUGGUGAGGAGCCAACGCCAUCAGUGGCCUAUGUACAUACAACGCCGGGCCUACCUUCAGGCUGGGAAGAAAGAAAAGAUGCUAAGGGACGCACAUACUAUGUCAAUCAUAACAAUCGAACCACCACUUGGACUCGGCCUAUCAUGCAGCUGGCAGAAGACGCUGCUCGUGGACCCGCCACAAACAGUAACAACCACCUAAUCGAGCCUCAGAUCCGCCGGCCUCGUAGCCUCAGUUCGCCAACAGUAACUUUAUCUGCCCCACUGGAGGGUGCCAAGGAUUCACCCAUACGCCGGGCUGUGAAAGAUACCCUUUCCAAUCCACAGUCCCCACAGCCAUCACCUUACAACUCCCCCAAACCACAACACAAAGGCACACAGAGCUUCCUGCCACCCGGCUGGGAGAUGAGGAUAGCGCCAAACGGCCGGCCCUUCUUCAUUGACCAUAACUCAAAGACUACAACGUGGGAAGAUCCACGCCUGAAAUUUCCAGUACAUAUGCGGUCAAAGGCACCUUUAAAUCCCAAUGACCUUGGCCCUCUUCCUCCUGGUUGGGAAGAAAGGAUUCACUUGGAUGGCCGAACAUUUUAUAUCGAUCAUAGCAGCCAGGUGUUAUGUGGAGAAAAUGAUACCAGAGAAUCAGUGCCCUCAUACGAUAGCAAAAUUACUCAGUGGGAAGACCCAAGAUUGCAGAACCCAGCUAUUACUGGUCCGAAGGCUGUUCCUUACUCCAGAGAAUUUAAGCAGAAAUAUGACUACUUUAGGAAGAAAUUAAAGAAACCCGCUGAUAUUCCAAAUAGGUUUGAAAUGAAGCUUCACAGAAAUAACAUUUUUGAAGAGUCCUAUCGGAGAAUCAUGUCUGUGAAAAGACCAGAUGUCCUAAAAGCUAGACUGUGGAUUGAGUUUGAAUCAGAGAAAGGUCUUGACUAUGGGGGCGUGGCCAGAGAAUGGUUCUUCCUGCUGUCCAAAGAGAUGUUCAACCCCUACUAUGGCCUCUUUGAGUACUCUGCCACGGACAACUACACACUUCAGAUCAAUCCCAAUUCAGGCCUCUGUAAUGAAGACCAUUUGUCCUACUUCACUUUUAUUGGAAGAGUUGCUGGUCUGGCAGUAUUUCAUGGGAAACUUUUAGAUGGUUUCUUCAUUAGACCAUUUUACAAAAUGAUGUUGGGAAAGCAGAUAACUCUGAAUGACAUGGAAUCCGUGGAUAGUGAAUAUUACAACUCUUUGAAAUGGAUCCUAGAGAAUGAUCCUACUGAACUGGACCUCAUGUUCUGUAUCGAUGAAGAAAACUUUGGACAGACAUAUCAAGUGGAUCUGAAGCCCAAUGGGUCAGAAAUAAUGGUUACAAAUGAAAACAAAAGGGAAUAUAUUGACUUAGUCAUCCAAUGGAGGUUUGUGAACAGGGUCCAGAAGCAAAUGAACGCCUUCUUGGAGGGAUUCACGGAACUGCUUCCUAUUGAUUUGAUUAAAAUUUUUGAUGAAAAUGAGCUGGAGUUGCUGAUGUGCGGCCUCGGCGACGUGGACGUGAAUGACUGGAGACAGCAUUCUAUUUACAAGAACGGCUACUGCCCGAACCACCCUGUCAUUCAGUGGUUCUGGAAGGCUGUGCUGCUGAUGGAUGCUGAGAAGCGUAUCCGGUUACUGCAGUUUGUCACGGGGACAUCCCGAGUACCUAUGAAUGGAUUUGCCGAACUUUAUGGUUCCAAUGGUCCUCAGCUGUUUACAAUAGAGCAAUGGGGGAGUCCUGAAAAACUGCCCAGAGCUCACACAUGCUUUAAUCGCCUUGAUUUACCUCCAUAUGAAACCUUCGAAGAUUUACGAGAGAAACUUCUCAUGGCGGUGGAAAACGCUCAAGGAUUUGAGGGGGUGGAUUAAGUGCCCCCUGGCCUGGGGUAGUUGUCCAUCGAGCAAGUCCUGCUUGCACUUUCGAAUUUGCCUAACAGACUUUGCAGAGACGGUGGAAGGAGAGCAGUUGCACAGCGUGGCUCGUGGAGCAGAGCCUUCACCUGGCACUCGCCCAAGUUCAGACGUGGGAACCCAGUCCCAAGUCGCGUUCCUGCCUUUUCCACCGCAAAUUAUCAAGUGGUUGAUGUGUACACUAAUUACAUUUCAGGAGGACUUAUUCUAUUUAUGUUGUGCCUCUGUAGGCAAAGCCCUUAAUAAAUAUUUUACAUACUUUAUAAUGACAAUGAAUGGAAUUAAUCACCCUGCAGGUAUAGUAUUACAACUCGUGUUUACUCUUUCAAAUGAUUCAGACCGAUUUUCCCAUUUCAUUUCAUUAUAAUUAAAGAUGUCUCAUGUACUUGGAAAAGUGAGCAUAUUUUUUUUUUUUGUAUUUGAAUUUCAUACCAGGUUUAAUGUCUGUGACAUUUUUAUUUUUGAAGUACGUUAAUACCCUACCCCUUGACUUUAUUAGAAUUGGAAGGCGGACUUUUGCCCAAAAACCUUCUUACAAGUAAUUUGAGAGACUUUAAAAUAUAACAUUAAGCAUAAGGAUCAUUUUUUCCAUACUCAGAAUGAAAACAAACUGGAUAUUGCAUUUUUUUUUUGUACAAAUUUAGCAUAAUAGCUACAGGCUGGGAGAAAUGUACCAUAGCAUGACAAAUUUUGUGUUGAGUCAAAGGCAUCACACCGUUCUUCCUUAGAAGUAAUUACGUGUGCUACAACACAUUUGAGACAGGCUUGGAAUGUCGUUUCUCGUAGAGAAAGGACUUAGCCCUUCCUGACGCUGUACAGUCGUUCUUUUAUUAUAUUUUCCCCUUUGCUGUUCGUAGUAGAGACGUUUGAAUGAAACUUGGCUAGUGCUUGAUUUGAAACUGUGGAAACCAGGUCUGUUUCGUCUCCUAUUUGUACACAUUCGCGAAUAGCUAAAUAACCAAUUUUUGUUCUAACUGCACCAAUUCCGAAGGCACUUUAUGUACUACAUGGAGGUCAUCCCUGGUUUUGUUUAUGUGUUGUUUUGUUUUUGUUUUUUUAUUGUAGACAUUCAAUGUGACGACUAGUUCUUCUCCCUGCACACGUAUUUCUGGUGCAAUAUCUUUCGAUAGUGAAUCUGGCUGCUGGUGUAUAAAACAAACCUGGCUGUAAAGCUGAGCCUACAGAUCUGCCCCCACCGAUCGUCUUGUGAUUUCUCCUCAAAGAUGAACUGAAUAUGCACUUAACCGAACCGGUUUUGUACCUGUGACAUGUUGCAUGCCUUGAUCCUGUGUGUUGCCUCAGCCGUGUGUGUUGUGUGCUAGACUA